CAGUGCCGGUGCCGGAGCGCGGCGGGCAGGGGAGGGCAGGGCAGGGCAGGGUGGCAGCGGCGGACCCCGCAGCCCUCCCCCGGCCAUCCCGGCCCGGCCAUCCCGCCCGGCCCGGCCCCCGGGGAGCUGCCGGGGCGGCGGCGGCAUCACCAUGGGCCGGGCGGGCAGGGUGCUGCGGCUGCUGGCGCUGCUGGAGCUGCCCUGCUGCCUGCUGGAGCUGCUGCUCGGGGAGGCGGCCCGCGGGCAGGAGAUGUACGCGCCCCACUCCAUCCGGCUGGAGGGGGACAUCACCCUGGGCGGCCUCUUCCCUGUGCACGCCAAGGGCUCCCCGGGCUCCCCGGGCUCCCCCUGCGGGGACAUCAAGAAGGAGAACGGCAUCCACAGGCUGGAGGCGAUGCUCUACGCCCUGGACCAGAUCAACAGCGACCCGGACCUGCUGCCCAACGUCACGCUGGGCGCCCGCAUCCUGGACACCUGCUCCCGGGACACCUACGCGCUGGAGCAGUCCCUCACCUUCGUGCAGGCGCUCAUCCAGAAGGACACCUCCGACGUGAGGUGCACCAACGGCGAGCCGCCCGUCUUCGUCAAGCCGGAGAAAGUAGUUGGAGUGAUCGGGGCGUCGGGAAGUUCCGUGUCCAUUAUGGUGGCCAAUAUCCUCCGGCUGUUCCAGAUCCCACAAAUCAGUUAUGCCUCAACUGCACCAGAGUUGAGCGAUGACAGGCGCUAUGAUUUCUUCUCACGGGUGGUUCCUCCAGAUUCCUUCCAAGCACAAGCAAUGGUGGACAUUGUGAAAGCUUUGGGAUGGAAUUAUGUAUCCACUUUGGCAUCUGAAGGGAAUUAUGGAGAAAAAGGAGUCGAGUCCUUCAUGCAAAUUUCCAGAGAGGCAGGCGGGCUCUGCAUCGCCCAGUCCCUGAAGAUCCCCCAGGACCGCAAGGACAAGAGCAUCGACUUCGACAGGAUCAUCCGGCAGCUGCUGGAGACGCCCAACGCCAGGGCCAUCGUCAUCUUCGCCCACGACGAGGACAUCAGGCAGGUCCUGGCGGCGGCCAAGAGGGCAGACCAGGUGGGACACUUCCUCUGGGUGGGCUCGGACACCUGGGGCUCCAAGGUGAGCCCGCUGCUGCAGCAGGAGGACGUGGCCGAGGGAGCCAUCACCAUCCUGCCCAAGAGGGCCACCAUCGAGGGCUUUGACACCUACUUCACCUCCCGCACCCUGGAGAACAACAGGAGGAACGUGUGGUUUGCAGAGUACUGGGAGGAGAACUUCAACUGCAAGCUGACCAUCACGGGCUCCAAGAAGGAGGACACGGACCGUAAAUGCACAGGGCAGGAGCGCAUCGGGAAGGACUCUCACUACGAGCAGGAGGGCAAGGUGCAGUUCGUGAUCGACGCCGUGUACGCCAUGGCCCACGCGCUGCACCACAUGAACCGCGACCUGUGCGCCGACAGCGCGGGGCUGUGCCCCGAGAUGGAGCACGCCGGGGGCAAGCGCCUGCUCAAGUACAUCCGCAGCGUCAACUUCAACGGCAGUGCUGGCACUCCAGUGAUGUUCAACAAGAACGGGGACGCCCCGGGGCGCUACGACAUCUUCCAGUUCCACAGCAGCAACACCAGCACGCCCGGCUACCGCCUGGUGGGACAGUGGACAGAUGACCUGCAGCUCAACGUCGAGGAGAUGCAGUGGGGAGGGGGGGUGCGUUCCGUGCCCCCCUCGGUGUGCAGCCAGCCGUGCCGGCCGGGCGAGAGGAAGAAGAUGGUGAAGGGCAUGCCGUGCUGCUGGCACUGCGAGCUGUGCGACGGCUACCAGUACCAGGCCGACGAGGUCACCUGCCUGCUGUGCUCCUACAACGAGCGGCCCAACGAGAACCGCACCGGCUGCCGCUCCAUCCCCAUCAUCAAGCUGGAGUGGCACUCGCCCUGGGCCGUCAUCCCCGUCUUCCUGGCCAUGCUGGGGAUCAUCGCCACCAUCUUCGUCAUGGCCACCUUCAUCCGCUACAACGACACGCCCAUCGUGCGCGCCUCGGGCCGCGAGCUCAGCUACGUGCUGCUGACGGGCAUCUUCCUCUGCUACAUCAUCACCUUCCUGAUGAUCGCCAAGCCCGACGUGGCCGUGUGCUCCUUCCGCAGGAUCUUCCUGGGGCUGGGCAUGUGCAUCAGCUACGCCGCGCUGCUCACCAAGACCAACCGCAUCUACCGCAUCUUCGAGCAGGGCAAGAAGUCGGUGACGGCGCCGCGGCUCAUCAGCCCCACCUCGCAGCUGGCCAUCACCUCCAGCCUCAUCUCCGUCCAGCUGCUGGGCGUCUUCGUCUGGUUUGCGGUUGACCCACCCAACAUCAUCAUAGAUUAUGAUGAGCAGAAAACUAUGAACCCCGACCAGGCCAGAGGAGUGCUCAAAUGUGACAUUACGGAUCUACAGAUAAUCUGUUCCUUGGGUUAUAGCAUUCUGCUCAUGGUGACGUGCACUGUGUAUGCCAUCAAGACUCGGGGGGUCCCAGAGAAUUUUAAUGAAGCCAAACCCAUUGGAUUCACUAUGUACACUACCUGUAUAGUAUGGCUUGCCUUCAUUCCAAUAUUUUUUGGCACUGCCCAGUCAGCCGAAAAGCUCUACAUCCAGACCACCACGCUCACCAUCUCCAUGAACCUGAGCGCGUCGGUGGCGCUGGGGAUGCUCUACAUGCCCAAGGUUUACAUCAUCAUCUUCCACCCCGAGCUCAACGUGCAGAAGCGCAAGCGCAGCUUCAAGGCGGUGGUGACGGCGGCCACCAUGUCCUCGCGCCUGUCCCACAAGCCCAGCGACCGCCCCAACGGCGAGGCCAAGACGGAGCUGUGCGAGAGCGUGGACCCCAACAGCCCUGCUGCCAAGAAGAAAUACGUCAGCUACAACAACCUGGUGAUCUAGGCCAGCCGCCACGGGCUGGGGCCGCCGCCGCGCCGAGCUCCCCGCGCGGGGCCGGGCACGGGGAGGCGAGAGGAGCCCGGCUCCAGGCGCUCCCAGGAGCUCCUCCAUCGCUGCCAGCGCCGGCCCGGCCUCGGGGGCACCCCGGCCUCGGGAGCGCCCCGGCCUCGGAAGAGCCCCGGCCUCGGGAGAGCCCCGGCCUCGGGAGAGCCCCGGCCUCGGAAGAGCCCCGGCCUCGGGCACGCUCUGGCCUCGGGCACGCUCCAGCCUGGAGCCGCCAGGGCCAGGAGCCGCCGGGGCCCGGAGCCGCCACGGCCGCGCCUCAGGAGCGGCUCCCUGGGCCGGCCGCGCUCGGCCGCUCUGGACUCUAAGGGGCUAAUUCUGUCUUUCUAUGUACUUCCAGACUGCAAGUUUUUCAACUCUCUGUACAGUUUGUGAGGAUUUUUGCAUAUUGCCAUCCAUGUCGUUCCGAGGUCACUGUUUGUUUCUUUGGAUGCACAGUUGCAUCGGGGCCCUGUGCUCUCGGCACUUCUCAAACCAAGCGACAGCCGAGGAUCUGAGACCCGUGUACAUGACUUGUAUUAUUACUCUUGUAUCACUGCAAUCCAUAUACCUUAUUUUUUUUAACGAAAUGAACAAACAAACAAAAAAAAAAAGAA